CAGGGUAAAAUUGUACAAGAACUGUUUCAUCACAGCAUCAGCCAUGCUGUGCAGUGGUUUGAUGUUUUGCAAAUACACAUAGAGCAUCACAUAGAAAAUAUAAUUGGCCACUGUCACGAAAUCAUGUCAAAGAACCUUCAUCAUGCUCAAUCAGCUGAGGAAACACUGCCAUCACCUAUCCCCCCAUCUUCCAACCAUCAAUCUCUGCUGUCCCCAGAUUUAUGUGCAUCAAUCCUUGUCCAAAGAUGCCCCACUUGUUUUGCAGGUACCACAUUUGGACAACCAUUGAGUGAAGGUGGUGAUGUUCAUGUUGCUACUGAUGGGAAUUUUCACCAUCAUCAUUGGUGCUCAGCAGGCAGUUGUCCCCCUUUCUAUGAGCUGAUGUAUUUCAUUCCCAAGGCUCAAGUGGAUGAGGUGGGUCAUUGGAUUGGAUGGGCACAUAAGCAGUCCCCAAGACAACAUUGCGUUGUAAGGAAUCCACAUUCCUUGGACAUGUAA